CGGAAAAUACAUCAUUAAAGCAAGUACAACAAACAUGCCAAGUUAUCGCAUAUUCCCUUUAUUUGUUGAAAUUGUUUUAUUUAUUACCUUUGUUUUUGGUAUGCCACGUAAAUGUAACAUUUAUUGUAAAGAUGUCGAGUGUCAUAUAAAUUUGUGCGAAGCUGGAGACCAAUUGGUAAAACCAACCUGUGGCUGUUGCGAAAUAUGCAUGAAAAAUACAACCAAUCCAGAUUGCCGUCUGGCUCUUUGCGCAACAGUGGCUUGCGGAGAAGGCUACAAAGCUGUAAAAAAAGGAUGCUGUGAUAUCUGUGUAAAAAUUGGAUGUUUAUCCACAAAAAUAUUUUCUUAUAGUCCGAAAUGUAAUAUAAAUUGCGCAGCAGUUCAGUGCCUAAAGCCUAAUUGUACUGAAGGUCAGAAGCUAAUAACAUCUCCUUGCCAAUGCUGUCCCCAAUGUGUAGACAUAGAGGAUUGUGGUUGUACACCAAGGUACUGUAGCAUGGUACGAUGUAAUACCGCUCUAAAUUGUACCAAUGGAGAAGUUGGUGGUCACUGCAAGUGUUGUAACAUUUGCAAACCUAAUUGUGUGGGUAGGCUUUGUCCCCAGAUUUUGUGCAUUUCUGGUAGCAGAAGUGUUCAAUAUGGUUGUUGCAAUACCUGCAUUAAAAUUGCAAGUCCCAGUGAGAAAUGCACUUGCCUCAGAGAAAUUGAGAUUGGGUUAGUAUCAGCCAAAGAUGCAAGAGUGUGUCCUUCCAAUAAGAAUUGUAUCAGAGAAAAGUGUUUGUUACCUUAGAAAUAUUAUUUAAUUUGUAUUGUUUAUGUUGUGUUUAAAUGGGAUAAUAAUAAUAUUAAAA